AAGUCUUCGUUACUAGGACUUAUCAACAAAGCAUUCCUUGCACAACAAAUCUUAACAAAAAAGUGUUCCUUGCAGAACAAAUCUUGCAAUGGCUCUUACUUCUACAUUUUCUUCUAAUUUGAGCUUGGGCCUCAAAUCUCAGCCUGCCCUGUCCCAUACUGCUCGCCUUUCUAGUAAAGCAUCGCCAUUGAUAAACAGAAAAAACCUUCAUGCAAUCGUAAAUCUGGCCUUAACUAGAGUUGAAAUCCCAGUUCUGGGCACCCGCAACUUGUGGGAGGAUGAUUUUUUACAGCCUAUUGCUAAGCAUCAUUACGAGGGUCCUUCCUAUGGUGAGCGUUGUGGAGGACUUAUUAGGGAGAUAAAACACAUGUUCAGUGCAACUGCUGGUGGUGAAAACAAUGUUCCCCAACUUCUUUCCCUGGUGGAUAAUAUCGAACGUCUUGGAAUAGAUCGACAUUUUCAAGAGGAAAUAAAAGAAGCCCUUGAUUUGGUUUACAGGAAUUGGGGUGAAUGCCAAAGAGAUCUCAACACCACGGCCUUGGGCUUUCGGAAUCUUAGACUUCAUAGAUACUCUGUUUCUCCAGGAAUGUUGGAGCCGUUUAGAACAGCAAAUGGGCAGUUCUUGUGCUCCACCGCUGAGUCAGAGGAGGAGCAAAUUAGAAGUAUUCUAAAUUUGCACCGAGCUUCAUAUAUUGCAUUUCCAGGGGAGAAAAUUUUGGAUGAGGCUAAAGAAUUCUCUACAACAUAUUUAAGUGAAGCUCUGCAUAAGACAGGGAUCAGUUCCAACCUUUUACAUGAGAUAUCCUUCAAUUUGGAGAAUCGCUGCUACAACAAUCUUCCCCGAUUAGAAACAAGGAAAUAUAUUGAAAUCUAUGAGGAAAACAGUUCAUGGGCCAGGAUGGAUGGUAAUUGGAAACUCUUAUCUUUUGCCCAAAUGGACUUCAAAAUGAUCCAGUACAUGCAUCAGCAAGAGCUUGAAACCUACUCCAGGUGGUGGAGGGAUUCUGGUUUAUCUCAAUUGAAAUUUGCAUCUCGUCGUCAUAUAGAAUAUUUUUAUUUAGCAUGUGCAAUUUGUGAAGAUGAGAAGUAUUCAGCUUUCAGAUUUGGCAUAGCAAAGUUGUCUGCAAUUGCAGCCUAUUUUGUUGAUACAUACCACACAUAUGGGACUGUUGAUCAGUUAAAACACUUCACAAAUGCUAUUAAAAAGUGGGAUCCAACAUCUAUAGAACAUCUUCCCAAAUAUAUGAAGGUUAUGUACACCACGUUAUAUGAGACACUCAAUGAAGUAAAUGAAGAUGUUCAAAAGAUUCAAGGCCAGGAUACUCUGUCUACCUCAAGAGAUAUUUGGCAAUAUUUUAUAGAUGUCAUGUUGCAAGAAGUCGAGAGGCGUGCUUCAAGAAACAUACCAACUUUUAUGGAAUACCUAAGGAUUGGAAAAGUUUUCUCUAGGACUUGUGAAGCAAUAUUGUGGCCUCUAUUAACAACUAAAGGGAUUCUUUUAGAAAACAUCCUUCAGAAUCUUGAUUAUCCAUCAAGGGUCUAUGAUAUUUUAUUCUUAUGUCUUACAUUAGAAGGUGAUAUCAAAUCCUUUAAGGGAAAGGUAGAUCAAGGAGAAGAAAUUUCAUCCAUAUCAUGUUACAUGAGAGAUAAUCCAGGAGCCACUAAAGAAGAUGCCUUGAGUUUUGUCAAGAAUUUAUUGGAUGAGAAACUCAAAGAAUUGAAUUUGGAGCUUUUGCAAUCAAAUGAAGUUCCAACUUGUACCAAGGAUUAUUCUUAUGACAUUAUAAGGGGUUUCCUACAUUUCCACCAAGAGAAAGAUAAUUUUACCAUUUCAAGUAAAGAUAUAAAGAAUCAUAUCACUCAAAUCAUUUUUGAAUGAAUGACAAUGUAAAUUUUGAAUAUUAUCAAAUAAUGUCUAUAAUGACCUAAAUCCAUGUUAUCUUUCAUCUCCUUGUUACUCUUCUCUCAUCUUGAUGAUGAAUCACGGAGUGUGAUUCAAAAUGUUGAUGAUAAAA